UUUGCAAAAUGGGUUUGCAUCAAACCUACAGUUACAUGGUGAAACUAAAUAGUUAUCUUUAUGUCGUGUAAUAUGCAGAAAUUUAGUUGCCAACAUCUUCACCAUGGAAUCUUCAAACAACAGUGGCUUGCCAUCAGGACUCAAUUGUCUUCAACGGAAUUUUCCUUGCAAUCGUGGUUCUGGAAGAUAUUAUAACUUUGGAAUUAAGUGUGGUGGUCCAGAGAUUAAAUCCUCCGAUGGAAUUGUGUUUGAGAGGGAUAAUGAGAUUCUUGGCCCGGCCUCAUAUUUUGUGACUGACACAAAUAGGUGGGCGGUCCGUAAUGUUGGAUAUUUUGUUGGGAACAAUAAUCCUCAAUAUACCAAGAAGUCAUCAUCUCAAUUUACAAACACUCUAGAUUCAGAGUUGUUUCAGACAGCACGAAUCUCUGCUUCCUCACUAAGGUACUAUGGAUUGGGGCUCGAGAAUGGCAAUUAUACUGUGAGCCUCCAAUUUGCAGAAAUUCAGAUUGAUGAUUCUACCACAUGGCAAAGUCUCGGGAGACGGAUUUUUGAUAUAUAUGUCCAGGGGAAUCGUGUUUUUAAGGAUUUUAACAUACUGAAGGAGGCAGGUGGUUCCUCUAGACAAGCUGUUAGGAAAGAUAUUACAGCCCAGGUGUCUGAAAACUACCUUGAAAUUCAUCUAUUUUGGGCUGGAAAGGGGACUUGCUGUAUACCAUUUCAAGGCACAUAUGGACCUUUGAUUUCAGCAAUCAGUGCUACUCCAAAUUUCAAACCUUCUGUUAGUAAUAAGCCUCCGAGCAGCAGCAAGAACAGAACUGGUCUGAUUGUAGGGGUUAUUGUUGGUGUUGGAGUUGUCAGCUCUCUGUUUCUUGCAGCAUUCUUCAUUUUUGGGAGAAAGCCAAAAACCAAUGAAGAUGAAGAGCUCCAAGGAAUAGGUGUCAGACCAUAUACCUUCAAUUAUGCUGAACUAAAAUCUGCUACAGAGGAUUUUAAUCUGGCAAAUAAGCUAGGAGAGGGAGGAUUUGGACCUGUCUAUAAGGGAAAACUUAAUGAUGGGAGAAUCAUUGCAGUGAAGCAAUUGUCUGUGGCAUCACGCCAAGGCAAGAGCCAGUUUGAUACAGAAAUAGCUACUAUAUCUGCUGUGCAGCAUCGCAACCUUGUCAAACUACAUGGUUGCUGCAUUGAAGCAGAUCAACGCCUGCUUGUUUAUGAGUAUCUUGAAAACAAGAGCCUAGAUCAGGCACUAUUUGGAAAAGGAAGUUUGAAUCUGAACUGGCAAACACGUUAUGAUAUAUGCUUGGGAGUAGCUAGGGGUCUGGCUUAUCUUCAUGAAGAGUCAAGGCUUCGAAUUGUACACAGAGAUGUGAAGGCCAGUAAUAUUUUGCUGGAUUCUGGUCUGAUCCCCAAGAUUUCUGAUUUCGGUCUAGCGAGACUUUAUGAUGAUACAAAGACCCACAUAAGCACCCGUGUUGCUGGGACAAUUGGGUAUCUUGCACCAGAGUAUGCAAUGCGUGGACACCUUACUGAGAAGACUGACGUGUUUGCCUUUGGUGUUGUGGCUCUAGAAGUUGUCAGUGGGAGACCUAAUUCUGACUUGAGCUUGGAAGGAGAGAAGAUGUAUCUUCUUGAAUGGACAAUUCCAAUGCAAAGGCCAUCAAUGUCUCGUGUGGUGGCUAUGCUUUCUGGAGAUACUGAAGUGAGCAGAGUAACUUCAAAGCCUGGAUACUUGACUGGGUGGAAAUUUGAUGACACAACAAGCUCUAUGAGUGAUCAAGCUACAAGAGCAGCUGAUACCAGCAAUAAUACCACAUCAACAAGCACAAGUAUGGUGGCUGACGUAGAUAACCUGCCAGAAAAGGCUACUAAACCUAUGCUUCAUAAUAUUUUGGGAUAGGGCAGGUGAUUUCAUAAUCCUAUCCAUUCAUCUAUUCUUAUUCUUGAUUACACAGAUUGUAUAUUAUUGUAGAAUUUGAGUGGCAGCCAUUUUCUGUACGAGUUUUCUGUUGUUCCUCAAAUCAAUUUAGUUUCUGUUAAACCAUACAGAUGGUGAAUAUCAAGGCCAUGUCUAAGGUGAAUAAAAAUAUGAAAAUCUU